GCUGUGGCGCGUCAAUUCAUUCGUGAAUCGUCCGGUACGGCGUCAGCUAGGUUAUUUUUUACGAAAUAAAUAAUUACAAAUUAAAAAUGGAAUUCGUAGGCAAGAAAUACAAGAUGACGUCGUCGGAAAACUUCGACGAAUUCAUGAAGGCUUUGGGCGUCGGCCUUAUCACCCGCAAGGCCGCCAACGCAGUGACCCCCACCGUGGAGCUCCGCAAAGACGGAGACCAGUACGCGCUGGUCACCUCCUCCACCUUCAAGACCACGGAGAUGAAAUUCAAGCCCGGAGAGGAGUUUGACGAGGAGCGGGCUGACGGCGUCCAGGUGAAGACUGUGUGCUCGUUCGAAGGCAACAAGCUGAAGCAAGUGCAGAAGGCCCCUGACGGCCUGGAGGUCACCUACUUGCGCGAAUUCGGCCCCGAGGAGCUGAAGGCGAUCAUGACCGUGAAGGACGUCACCUGCACCCGGCUCUACAAAGUACAAUAAGGCAACCACUCAAGACUGCAGGGCGGCGCCCUACUUUUGUCCUAUUACUUAUAGCACAACUAUUUUAUAAAGUUAAAUUAUAUUACUACGCUCCUACAACUAAAUUACUGCCCUGUGAAGUCGAGAUCUACCAAUCACAAUGCAACAGCUGAUAGAUUUGACCAAUCACCGAGCGAUAUAACUGACGUCGGCGUCGGCCAAUCACAUGGCAACAAAUGGCCAAUGAUCAUGCGCAACUGACUUCACACCUGACAGUUUCGACGGUUUUAUUUAAAUAAGCGCAGACGGCAGUUCUUUAUUUGUAGUUUAAACGAGUAUAUUAUUCUGUCAAACAUUAAUGCUGCUUGGGAAAUCAAAUGUUUAUUUUUGUAUGAUUUGGAAUGCGUGUUUGCCAAAGUUAGGUUAACCCUGUACUACGCGGUGAUGCGGACUUACUUGCGUAUGUUGGCAUAAGCUUGAUGGCGUGUUAAAUAAACUCGUUUUAAGUACAUAA